GAUAGACAUGUAACAUGUCAUAUACUACAAUAAAUUCCCAAGAUUUCAAGAAUCAAAAUAAAAGUUAUAAAUUAUUUAUUUAUUUAAUUUUGGAAUAUCUGUUCGAAAGACGACACCCACCUGCAGUCUGUCCUGACGUCGAGACACAACCUUCCACCCACCUCCCUCCUACUGAACCAACAAUCUUCCCCAUUUCCAAUGCCACUUUAAUCCACACCGUCCAUCCACUUAAUUUCUUCCGACGCCCAUGGCGUCCACUUGUCUUUUCCUUACACAAUUCCUCCUUAUUUUCCCGGUGGCCAUGGCGUCCUCGUCUCCUCCACUAAUUCUAUCCCUACUCAAAUCCACAGUCCCUAACAAGCUCACCUUCCGCCGCAAUGUCUCCCUCACCGUCGCCGUCGCCGUCGGGUCGCCGCCGCAGACCGCCACCAUGGUCCUCGACACCGGAAGCGAGCUCUCCUGGCUCCGCUGCAACGCCGCCGUAACCACCUCCGCCUCCGCCUCCUUCAACCCGCACGUGUCUAUUACUUACCGCCCAAUCACAUGCUCCGCACCCACGUGCACGACCCGAACCCGCGACCUGACCCUUCCCGCUUCCUGCGACAAAAACCGCCUCUGCCACGUCAUCCUGUCUUACGCCGACGCGUCGUCCGUCGAGGGCACGCUGGCGACCGACGGAUUCCGCCUCGGUGGGUCGCCGGUCCAAACCGGGGCGGUCUUUGGCUGCAUGGAAUCCGGUUCGAGCUCGAACCCGGUUGAGGACGCGAGGACGACCGGUCUGAUGGGCAUGAACCGGGGCCAGCUGUCGUUCGUUUCACAGAUGGGUUUUCCUAAAUUCUCGUACUGCAUUUCGCCACGUGACUCCCCCGGCGUCCUGAUCCUCGGCGCGGCGGAGCUGCCAUGGCUGCCGCCGCUGAACUAUACGCCGCUCGUGCAGGUGCCGCCUGCGGCGGCGGCGCUGCCGUACUUCGACAGAGUGGCGUACACGGUCCGGCUGCAGGGGAUUACCGUCGCCGGGAAGCUACUCCCGAUACCCGAAUCCGUACUUGAACCCGACCACACCGGAGCGGGUCAGACCAUGAUCGAUUCGGGCACCCAGUUCACGUUUCUGAUCGGCGCGGCUUACGCCGCGCUGAGGAGCGAAUUCUUAAAGCAAACGGCGGGGAUUCUGCGGCCGUUGGCGGAGCCGAAUUUUGUGUUUCAAGGAACGAUGGACCUGUGCUUUAGAAUCGAGAUGAGGUCGGCGGCGGCGGCGCGGCUGCCGAGCGUGGGAUUGGUGUUCGGCGGCGCGGAAAUGAAGGUGGCCGGCGAGAAGCUGCUGUACAGAGUGGCGGGUGAGACGCGGGGGCCCGACGGCGUGUACUGUUUGACUUUUGGGAAUUCGGAUUUGCUGGGCGUGGAGGCAUACGUGAUCGGACACCAUCACCAGCAGGACCUGUGGAUGGAGUUUGACCUCGCGAAAUCCAGGGUGGGGCUGGCCGAGGUGGGAUGUGAUUCUGCCAGUCAACGGUUAGGCUUGUAGGAAGUCAACGGAGCUUUUGGCGUUGACUGGUAAACUUGAAAUAAUUUCGCUAAUGAUGGGGUUGUGUUGGGGAGAUUGUAGCCUAUUAAUUAAUAAUUUAGAAUAUAUAUAUUAAAUAUUACUCAGGUUGCUGUUUCUG